CGGGUCACACCAAUCGACAUUCUUGGCCUAUAUAGAACACAUUGAACAAAUUUUCAUCGUCACAGGCCUGAGCAAAAUUAUUCUUUAGUCGUUUUGGAAGUGUUAAGUGUACUGUCAAGUGUAUCAGUUUCCCGAGCAAACAAAAUUAUUUCCUUCGACAAUUGUCUUGUUUUCGUUUGUUGGCUCUACGACACAACCACUAUAAUCUGUCGUAAGUAGGACAUAACCACUGUUCCGCAGCACGAUGUCUGGCGAUUGCAACACACACUGCCCCAACCCGUGCGAUCCCUGCCAGGGUCCGACCGACUUUCCGCCAUGCCCUGCUGGGGCUACCUGUCCGCCUUGCGAUUGCGGUGACUAUGCAGGAUGCUGCUACCAGCAGCCGGCUCGCACCAUGCCCAUUAUGCCCAAGUCGAACUUUAUGCGGUCGACGGCUCCGCUGGACACGGACACCAUCUACCGACGCUCCUACUACGCCAACUGUGGUGACAAUCUUCGGGCUCGUCCUGUUAUGCCAUGCAGCCAGAUUCGGGCCUCAACAGCACCGCUCGAGAAGUGCACCAUACAGAAGCUGUCGUAUAUGCCGCCGUGCCCCACCAAGCGGACGCCGCCCAUCGUCCCAAUGGCUAGUGGAUUGCGUUUCGAGGGACCCAUCUAUGCAAUGACUUCACAGAAGCACGAUUAUGUACCAAAGGGCAUUGUGAAGCGAGAUCCCAUUGUGCCACGGGUAGCCAUUUGCUCCUCCAAUGCGCCCAUGGAACGCUGCACCAUUCAGAAGUUGAGUUACAUGCCGAUCGAUGUGGCCUCAAAUCCACCGCCCAAGCCCAUGACUCAGGGAUCGCACUACUGCAAGCCAACCGGGCCAAUGGAGCGAUGCACCAUCCAGAAGCUGUCAUACAUGCCGGUUUGCCUGCCGACCAAGGAGCCCACACCAUGGGCGGACAAGAUCCGCUGUGUGCCGCCACGCUACUCUAAUGUCUGUACUACUUACAAUUUGAGCUACAUGCCCAAUUGCAAUGAGGCGCGUACUGCUCCAGUGCGCCCUCUGACUACCUUGCGCUUCUGUGGCAGCGAUUCUGGAGCCGGAAGCACCGUCUACAAGUUAAGCUACAUGCCAGUGGACGCCUCGCGCACCAAGCCAGAUCCUGUGCUGCCCAGGGAUACCUUCUGCCGCCCCACAGGACCGCUGGAGAGGUGCACAAUUCAAAAGCUCUCCUAUCAACCGAACUGCUCGGAACGCACUCCACCCAUUCGCCCCAUGGAGAAUGGGCUGCGCUUUGAUGGCCCGAUGUACGCCAUGACUACCCAAAAGCACGAUUUUGUGCCCAAGCCGCCAACAAGACGUGCUCCGAUAAUGCCCCGCACCGCCUUCUGCCGGCCUAGUGGUGCCAUGGAGCGCUGCACCGUAAACAAACUCUCGUAUAUGCCGGUGGACGUCACCUGUUUCCCCAGGACCGAGGCCGUUCGCCCCGCUUCCGGGUUCUGCCGCAACGAGGGACCUAUGGAGAAAUGCACUACAUACAAACUAAGCUAUAUGCCAAACUGUAUUCCACCCAAGGAACCGCUGCCCUGGGCCAACUACACAUCCUAUUGUCGGCCAAGCGGCCCUAUUGAGAAGUGCACAAUCCAGAAGCUGAGUUACGGACCUCCAGGUGCCUUUCAACGUUGCACCGGUCCUUGUGGAAAUGGCGGGGGCGAUGGCUUCCCGAAAGCCGGCAUUUGUUAAGCUGGAAAUACAUUUUGGGUGCUCCAUCAUGUGCGCUUCCUAUCCAAUGUUCAACUUUACAUGUUAUAGCAAAAUCUUUAAGUCCCCGGCUUCAGGGACACGUUUCGUUACUUUUAAAACAUGCAAGGCCUUUUGGACGUCAAUCCUAUUCAUUGAGCCUAUCUCGUGAAUGUCAAGAUACCCUUUCGUGAAUAUUUCGAAUGUGAGAUGUCAUCUAAUCAUGGACUUGCUCACAGUUUUAUUUUUUGUGUGAAACACUGCUGCGUACUUACAGGAAAUUGCUAGUGAUCAAGUGACUGGUUAACGAAUUGUAUGGUGCAUUCCCAAUGUUAAAAUUAAAGUAUAGAAUUAUAUACAGAGUAGAACAUAUUUAGAAAUCAUUAA